UGUCCUUGAGUACUUCUGAAUGCCUCGAAUCACCGCCAGUAAAAUAGUUCUUCUAAUUGCAUUAUCAUUUUGUAUUACUGUUAUUUAUCACUUUCCAAUAGCAACGAGAAGCAGUAAGGAGUACGAUGAAUAUGGAAAUGAAUAUGAAAACGUUGCAUCGAUAGAGUCGGAUAUAAAAAAUGUACGUCGAUUACUUGACGAGGUACCGGAUCCCUCACAAAACCGUCUACAAUUCCUGAAACUUGAUGAGCAUGCUUUUGCAUUCUCGGCCUACACAGACGAUCGAAAUGGAAAUAUGGGGUACAAAUAUGUCCGAGUCCUGAUGUUUAUCACGUCACAAGACAACUUUUCCUGUGAAAUAAACGGGAGAAAGUCCACAGAUGUAUCACUUUACGAGUUCUCGGAAAAUCACAAAAUGAAGUGGCAAAUGUUUAUUUUGAAUUGUAAACUACCCGAUGGUAUAGAUUUCAAUAAUGUUAGCUCUGUAAAGGUCAUAAGAAGCACAACCAAGCAGUUUGUUGAUGUGCCGAUUCGGUAUAGAAUUCAAGAUGAGAAAAUAAUUACGCCAGACGAAUAUGACUAUAAAAUGUCAAUUUGUGUUCCAGCAUUGUUUGGAAAUGGAUAUGAUGCAAAGCGAAUUGUUGAGUUUAUUGAGCUGAAUACUUUGCAAGGAAUCGAGAAAAUAUACAUUUACACUAAUCAAAAAGAGCUUGAUGGAUCCAUGAAGAAAACGUUGAAAUACUAUUCGGAUAAUCACAAAAUAACAUUAAUUGAUUACACAUUACCAUUCAGAGAGGAUGGUGUUUGGUAUCACGGGCAAUUGGCAACUGUUACUGAUUGUUUACUGAGAAACACUGGAAUCACAAAAUACACAUUUUUCAAUGAUUUUGAUGAGUUCUUCGUCCCCGUUAUCAAAAGUCGGACUCUCUUUGAAACAAUCAGUGGGCUUUUUGAAGAUCCCACUAUUGGAUCGCAACGAACAGCUUUGAAGUAUAUAAAUGCAAAAAUCAAGAGCGCUCCGUAUUCACUGAAAAAUAUUGUUUCCGAAAAACGAAUUGAAACAAGAUUCACGAAAUGUGUAGUUCGACCGGAAAUGGUUUUUGAACAGGGUAUUCAUCAUACGAGUAGAGUGAUUCAAGACAACUAUAAAACGGUUUCCCAUGGCGGAUCCCUUCUACGGGUUUAUCAUUACAAGGAUAAAAAGUAUUGUUGCGAAGACGAGAGCCUCUUGAAAAAACGGCAUGGAGAUCAACUUCGGGAAAAAUUCGAUUCAGUUGUUGGUCUUUUAGACUUGUAGCUCAUUUGUUAAUUUAUAUUAUUUAUUAGUCAAAUUCUCAAAUCUAUAAUGCAUAAAUAUUGUUACACCGCU